CUGGGAUAUGUCAGUGUAACCCUCCGCCUGCGGUAGAUGUGCUGAGGCUGGAGUAGCCACCAUUUUGCAUGUCUAGUGUGUUCCUCCCUCCUUUGCUAAUAGAGACGAUUCCAGUCAUUUUCUGGCAUCAUAACGGCUCAGAAUGCCAGCUCCGAUCAGACUGCGGGAGCUGAUCCGGACUAUCCGGACAGCACGGACCCAGGCAGAGGAGCGUGAGAUGAUCCAGAAAGAGUGUGCUGCUAUCCGCUCGUCCUUUAGAGAGGAAGAUAACACAUACCGUUGCAGAAAUGUGGCAAAGCUACUUUAUAUGCACAUGUUGGGCUACCCGGCACACUUUGGGCAGCUGGAGUGCCUGAAGCUGAUUGCGUCCCAGAAGUUCACUGACAAACGAAUAGGUUAUUUGGGAGCUAUGCUGCUGUUGGACGAGAGGCAGGACGUCCACCUACUAAUGACAAAUUGCAUUAAGAAUGACCUGAAUCACAGCACACAAUACGUCCAGGGCCUGGCCUUGUGCACUUUGGGCUGCAUGGGUUCCUCAGAAAUGUGUCGUGAUCUGGCUGGGGAGGUAGAGAAGCUGCUCAAAACAUCCAAUUCCUACUUGAGGAAAAAAGCGGCGUUAUGUGCAGUUCAUGUCAUCAGGAAGGUUCCAGAACUUAUGGAAAUGUUCCUUCCAGCAACAAAAAACCUGCUGAGCGAGAAGAACCAUGGUGUUCUCCAUACAUCAGUUGUCCUCCUCACUGAGAUGUGUGAAAGAAGUCCUGACAUGCUGGCCCACUUCAGAAAGCUGGUCCCACAGUUGGUGAGAAUCCUGAAGAACCUAAUCAUGUCUGGAUACUCUCCUGAGCAUGAUGUGUCAGGCAUAAGCGACCCUUUCCUGCAGGUGCGGAUAUUGAGACUACUGCGAAUUUUAGGAAAGAGUGACGAUGACUCCAGUGAAGCAAUGAACGACAUUCUUGCGCAGGUUGCAACGAACACAGAGACAAGUAAAAAUGUAGGAAAUGCAAUUCUGUACGAGACUGUGCUGACAAUAAUGGACAUCAAGUCUGAAAGUGGACUGAGGGUCUUGGCCAUCAACAUACUAGGUCGCUUCCUUCUUAACAAUGACAAAAAUAUAAGAUACGUGGCAUUGACAUCUCUACUAAAGACGGUACAGACAGACCACAAUGCAGUGCAGAGGCAUCGGAGCACCAUUGUGGAUUGUUUAAAAGACCUGGAUGUGUCCAUCAAGAGACGUGCAAUGGAACUGAGCUUCGCCCUGGUGAACGGCAACAACAUUAGAGGCAUGAUGAAAGAGUUGCUCUACUUCCUGGACUCCUGUGACCCAGAAUUCAAAGCAGACUGUGCAUCAGGAGUCUUUCUAGCCGCAGAGAAGUAUGCCCCUUCGAAAAGAUGGCACAUAGACACCAUUAUGAGAGUCCUGACAACAGCAGGGAGCUAUGUGCGAGACGAUUCUGUUCCCAACCUAAUCCAGCUCAUCACCAACAGUGUGGAGAUGCAUGCCUACACAGUACAGAGGCUUUACAAAGCACUGCUGGAUGACAUCUCACAGCAACCACUAGUGCAGGUGGCGUCCUGGUGCAUAGGAGAGUACGGGGACCUGCUGGUAUCCGGACAGUGUGAGGAGGAGGAGCCCAUCCAGGUGACUGAGGAUGAAGUUCUGGAUGUGCUGGAAGGCCUCCUGGUGUCCAACCUGUCCACACCUGUGACCCGGGGUUAUUCCCUCACUGCCAUCAUGAAGCUAUCUACUCGCUUCAGCGGUGUUAACCGAAUCAAGAAGGUGGUUUCGAUAUAUGGCAGUAGCAUUGAUGUGGAGCUUCAACAGAGAGCUGUGGAGUACAAUGCGCUUUUCAAGAAAUACGACCACAUGAGGCCAGCUCUCCUAGAGCGAAUGCCCAUUAUGGAGAAAAGCACUACUAAUGGCCCCACAGAGAUUGUACAGACAAAUGGGGAGACAGAGCCCUCUGUUGUGGAGCCAAAACAUCCACCACCUGUCACCCAGCCAAACCAGGCUAAUGAUUUAUUAGACCUGCUAGGUGGUAAUGAUGUGGUGCCAGUAAUCCAGACCACGAUGUCCACCAAGACUGGCUCACAUGGAGGAGAGCUGCUUGAUCUGUUGGGUGACCUCUCACUAAGUGGUGGCCCAGCCCCUGCUCCUGCUCCCUCUGUGCCCACUCCCCAACCCUCUUUCCUCCUGGAUGGCCUCUCUUCACAGCCCCUGUUUAAUGACAUUGCAACUGCAGCUAUUCCUCCCAUGACGGCAUACAACAAGAAUGGUCUGAAAAUAGACUUCACAUUUGAGAGAGCUAAUCCCAAUCCAAACAUCGCGGUCAUCACUAUCCACGCUUCCAACUCAACAGAAGCAGAUAUGACAGAGUUUGUUUUUCAGGCUGCAGUACCAAAGACAUUCCAGCUGCAGCUCCUCUCCCCUAGCAGUAAUGUUGUCCCAGCACUCAACCAGGGAACUGUCACACAAGUCAUCAGAGUCCUCAAUCCACAGAAGCAACAGCUACGAAUGAGGAUCAAGCUGACGUACACCCUCAAAGGCUCGCCUGUGCAAGACCUGGCUGAGGUUAAUAACUUCCCCCCUCAGUCCUGGCAGUGAUGAGCUGCUUCUGUUGCUCUUAAAAGCCCCCCACCAAGGGAACUAUGAAAACGAUUUUCCUUUCACCUCCCUCCUUUCUUCCAACGGAUCCCCCUGUGACGUCACUGCAAUCCGCUGCCCUUGAGUUGCAUGGGAAGCAGCAGAACAUCUAACACAGGAGAAAAAUUCAGAUGUUACGAAGACUCUACUGACUAUUGACAUCACCAGAAUAAUUGGGAAAGCAUAUCAAUCAAUGAACUCUCUCUUUUCUUUUCUUAAUUGGUUUCCAUGAUCUCUUUGCGUAGUAGUACUAUUUUCCACAUACACCUUCCGCCCAGCACCGUUACCACCCACGAAAGCACAUAUGCACACCAUUCACUGUGGUACACUUAACCUCUCAAGUCACUGUAGAGAGAAAAGUGUUGCCCACCACGAGCACUGCAGUAGUUUUAUUUUAACUAAUAAUUAAGCUAAAAUGCAGUUGAAACACGUUGCUCCAUUGAUAUUUACGAUUGGCUUUGCAUUCCGAUUUUUUAAUAUGAACCUUCAGUCCUAUGAUGGCAGCAGAAAAAGCGUUGAAAGGUCUAUUAGGUGAGGUCAUAAACUUCCGCCUUUUUGAAUCUCCACAUCAUGAGUGAUAUAACUUGUCCCAGAGUUGUAUUCAUUUUGAAUUACAUUAAUUUGCUUAAAGCAUGUUUGAGCAUUGUUAGGAUCACAAUCGCACCUUGACUCAAGCUCGGAGGGGACUUUUCUGGUUCUGGUAGUAGGCCUCUUUAUCCUAUGUUUCUAUAGGAAGUAGUCUACAUUUGUUUUGUCACAGUGAUAAGAGCAUAAACAAAUCCAAGAUGCCCAGUUUGAUCACCUGUGGCUCGUUGCAGAGAAUGUCCUCAGAUUUUCCCACACAGCUCUCCUAAAAUCAUCUCAUCUGAAGCUUUAGUUUUCGAUCUGUAAAAUAAAUUCACUGGUUAAUUGCUGUGCGUAGUUUUGACGAGGUUCAUUCAUUAGGAUGGAUAUAAUCCAGGCCUGAAAUUUAUCUGAUGAUAAGCUGAUUGCAUUUGUGUUGGAGAUCUGCGUUUAAACUUUUUCUGCAUCUGUGUCCUCAGUCUAGCUUGCAAUUUAGAUACAUUUCAGAUUUGUUUAACCUGUUGGACUUAGUCACCAUGCACAUACAUGUAAAUGAAGCUUGUUAUGAAUGUAGUUACAUGCACUGAAUGCUUUUUUCCCCCCCUCAAGUCUUCUUUUUCAUGGCUGUUUUCUUUGAUGAAGACACUCAUCUUAUUGGCACUAUUUUUGUGAAAGUAUGUUUUGUUUCUGCAGUAAUUUGACUUAAUUAUUUAUGCCUGAUAUCAAAGUGAUGUGCCUUUCUGACUUAGCUAGAUAAAAGCCCCUGAACUAUUGAGUUCUAUAUGAGCUUUGUUUGUAAGUCUGCUUGUGUGCUGAUCGUGUUUUCAGUCUGAGGGAAAUGGUCCUGUUGGAUUUGAAUUGGUAUGUCACAUGAUCAUCAUUUAAUUAGUAAUUAAUUCAUUUAAGUUUUACGUUUUCACUUCUGUAUCUCAUAACAAGUCAAUAAUCUGUCAUCCACUAAUAUUGGCCUACAUGGAUGUCCAUAGCAAUGUCUUAGUUUUGAGAAAAACAUAAAUUCUAGCCACAUGAUCUUGAUCGUUUCUUUCCCUAUAGUGUGUGUGGCGGACUUUCCAUUUAAAAAUGCCUGUUGGAUGUUAUUAAUAACACGUCCUAUAAAACAAAGCAAAUCUCAAAUAUUAUGGCAGCUAAUAGAUGUAAACUUUUCAUAAGCUGGCAUCAAAUGUUUUUAAAAAGUAUAAAUGUUUUACUAAAGGAGAAAUAUCAUUAAGAUUCCCCCCAUCAAUAAACAUUGAAGUGUGAGUUUUGGAUCACUUGGUGAGGUACUGGGACGGGUUGUUCUGUGGUGACUGUUAGUAGGAUUUUGUUUUUGGCUCUCGUCUUCUCCAAAUCAGAAUUCUGACCAUGCUGUCGGGGGCAGUAACCUUAAUACCUCACAAUGUUCUCUCUUUCUGUUAACUUUCAUUUGCAGUAAAUUGACAGCUUUGUUUAGUCAUGAAUUGCAAUCAAGGGGAGCAUCUGCAUGAGAGAAACUAAGGGUAGUUUGUACAUCUCAUUACUUAAGCUUAGCAGCCCUGUGAUGCUAUGUUGAGGUCCUCAGAUGUUUAAUCAGGCUGUAUACUUCUUUUCACUAUGCUUCACUAUCUUCUAACUUCUGUGACCAAAUCAGAGAAACUAUUAGCUUUGGAAAUAUUUUUGAGCUAUGAUAUGUGUAUAUGGAGAAAAUUAUUUCAGUUAAACUUUUUUCUGUUGUGGACAAAUGCUAUAUUGGCUUUUUUCUGUACAUAUUGAGGGCUUUUACAAUUUUGUCUCUUGUACUAUCUUUCAUCCUUUUUUUAGAUACCAUUUUCUAAAAAUUCCAAUUAUUCACAAUGUAUAUUGUCUAAAUAGAUCUAGUCAACAUCAGUCUUUAAAGACUCCCCUGUAUCAUUACUCAUUCAUUGUAAAAGAUAUAUGAUCUGCUGCCUGUACAUUGUAUAUAGUUGUAAAACAAACAAAAGCUGAUCAAAUUAAAUAAAACCCACAUGAAUACUUAAAAGAUUAGCUAGGAAGUAUAAUUGUAUGCAUAUAUGUACAAAAAAGAAUCUUAAAAGGAUGCAAUUGAACUGCAUUUGAUCUACUAUUCUUCAUACUUUAUUCAUGAUCGGAUGUGUCAUCUUUACUUCUUUAACAAAGGUAGUUGGAGAGUUGGUAGGCUAUCUGUUGGGGUUCCUUUGGAUUUUGAAUUAGGGGUUGAAUCCGUCUUAACAGAUGUUGUCUGCAGGAUGUACUGUACUACUGAAAAAACCUAAGCACAGUGCUGCACAGCAGCUGAAGUGGCACCUUGCUUCAUCUGCUUCCUAGCCCCUCAAACGCUUCAUGUUUCCACGCCCUCCUUGGAAGAGGAGCAGGUCUCUUGCCAAGACGUAACUCCUCCUCCUGGCCUUAUGUGUGGUUGAGUGUUCUGCACUCUUGAAAAUUCCCAACUAUUAAACUCUCCUUGAACCUACAAAUUGAUUCGUGAAAUGAUGCCCUUGGUCUUGGAGUGUUUGCUCUCAUGGUUUCCUGGUUACCUUUUUAAGUCUGCCAGGUAGCAUCUUCCUAAAAGCAUCGUGUCUCAACAAAGUAGGACCACUACUAGUUUUUCCCUGAUUAUAGCCAGUGGGUUUAAACUGGAAUGGAGUUACAUGUGGACAAGAGCUGAUAGAAGUUUUCUCCCGUGCUCAGUGGUUCCAGAUAUGCCUGUUUGAAGCAGCAGUGUCCUUCCCUCGGUCAGAACAGUACAGAGCUUUUGUUUUGGCUUCCUUUCUUUACUUUCAUCCCUUAUCGCUGACGUUAUUUGCCUCUGCAUGGCACACCUUUCACUUUCUCUCUGUCGUCUCUGAUAUGAAAGGUAGGGCUGUAACACAUCAAACUCAAACUCUACAUGGCAGUUUAUAAUGGCAGGAUAUGAGGGAGGAUAGCAAUGGAUUGUUUUCUUCUGUUAGGACCUUUUUUCGUUUUUAGAUUUUGAUUAUGGAGCGCUGCUUUACCAGCCCCAAAACACCUGGCACAAGCCUGUGCUACGAGCUAAUAGCCACAAGGGGGAGCUGUGCAAAAUGGAAGGCUGACGGGAUGGGAAAGGAAGUUUCAUACAUCUAUUCCUGAAUGUUUUUGUUGGUGUUGUUUGUAUUGUCUUAUUCAACCAGUAUGUACCCUUGUUAAUCACAUCUGAUCAGUUCUUUCAAUGAUAUCGUAAUUCAUGCAGUUUUAAAUGUACAAAUGGAAAUGAACCCAACAUAAGUGCUUUGGACACUGUAACUUAAAAGGAAGAAAAGAUACGGAAACAAAUACCCAUCAGCGGUGUGAUCAGCGUUUGAAGUGAUAUUAGUGUGUGCGUGCGUGUGUGUGUGAGAGAGAGAGAGCGAGAAAGAGAGGAAAUAAUCGUUCUUGAGAGAGUGUGGUGUCUGACAUGUCUUUUAUCUAGAUAGGACAUGAUUUUUGGCUGCAAUUUCAACUUUCAGCUUCUGAGCUGCAUGUGAAAACCAGUGUAAAUAAUGUCAUUUCUACUCUUGACCUGAGACUUUUUGAAAUGCAAGAAAAGUUCAAAUUAGAAAAUCUUAUCACACCACCUUCAUGGGUCAGUACUAACAUGUACAAUAGGAAGUUGUUCAGAUAGUGCUCACAAUACUGUUAAUGUUUUUAAGAGGGUGAUGAAAGUGCACAUCCGUCAUUUGGAUAAAUUGGACAAUUGAUUUUUGUUUUGUUUUUAUUUGUUAGGGUGAAUUCAGUGUGUAAAGGGCUUGGAAAAGCAUCUGAAUUUACCCCAAUGUUCACUGUCCCCGUUGAAUCAAAACUUUGCAUCCAUUGUAUUUUGAAAACAAAAUCUGUUUGUUACCCCCAGGCCUGUCCUGACUGUAAAACAAUAUGGUAACUGAUUUGUUGGGGGAGGGUGGAGGCAUGAGGUUAACAUUUUUUCCAGUCAAGUUUGACAUGUUGAACUUAGUCCCAGUUCCAUGGCUUCAAGGUGAGUGUGAAUGUCAGACUGAGAGUAUGAGAUGAUUAAAGAUGAGAAGUUGUAAACUAUUAAAUGGGAUAUUUUCAAUUUAUGCUGUGUAUUCUUGUCUUUGGGUUGGAGAAAAUGAUCAAGCGAAUAAAAAGUCAAAUAAAAAUCUAGCUGAA